AUGCCGCAAAAAGUCUAUGUGACAUACAACCAGGUGCACAAGUUGUGCCAGACCUCCGCCGAGAAGAUCCUGGACACCUUCCGGCCCAAUCUUAUGAUUGCCAUUGGUGGUGGUGGUUACGUUCCUGCUCGUAUCCUUCGCUCUUUCCUCAAGCGUGCCGGCGAGCCCAACAUUCCCAUUCAGGCUAUCGGCCUGUCUCUCUAUGAGGACUUGGGUCGUGGUGACCCCGAAGAGGUCCCCGGAACCAAGGUGACCCGAACACAAUGGCUCGAUCUCAGCUCUCUCGAGAUGGCCAAUCUUAUUGGCAAGAACAUCCUCAUUGUCGACGAGGUCGAUGACACCCGGACAACCCUGGAGUAUGCAGUCCGUGAGCUGCAGAAGGACGUGGAGAUGGCUCAGAAGCAGCUCGGCCGUGAGGCUGAGAAGACCAACUUCUUCGUCUUUGUACUUCACAACAAGAACAAGUUGAAGAAGGGCGAGUUGCCUGCCGACAUGAUGGAAUCUGGCCGUUAUCUUGCCGCAGUCACAACGGAAGAUGUGUGGAUCUGCUAUCCUUGGGAAGCCACGGAUAUCGAAGAGCACGACAGACUGGCCAUGGAAAACCCCCUUGUUUAG